CCUCCUGUUUACCCUCUGAUUGCCUGCUUUUGCUUCCAGAGAGUUGGGCUGAUGGGCCUGGGUACCAUCCACAUUAUGAAAAGACCUAUCUGGCAUGGAGAAGGGGAAGGUUUCAUGGCAGACAGUCUGGAGUUUGAUCUGAACAAGCCAUUUAUGGUGGGGAAGAAGCGUGUCCAUGGGAAAAGCCCCGUGCCUGGACUCUCCAAAGCAGACGAGUUGGUCUGUGCUGAGGUGGCCUUGCGCCUGCACAAACCCAAGGCCACCAUCAUGAUGUGCAUCGAGGCCACACUAAAGAUCUGUGAGUGGGCCUUGUCCAGUGGCCAGAACUUCGACUUUGUGUUCAAGGACAUUGGCAUCCUGGUCUGCCGGGGAAACCAUGUAGUCAUGAGGUUCUUUGAAGACUUGGUCCAAAAGGUGGCUCAGUCACAGCACCUGGCAGAGGGUUUGCUCCAGUCACCAAAUCUGAAGCCAUUAUUCAUAGCCCACAUGGAAAAGGACAUUUCCCAGAUUCCACCUGGAGGUGUCUUAGUGCUGCCACAGUGA